UUUGUUUUUUUCUGAAAAACCGUUACAUUUUUUUUCUCUUUUUUUUUUUUUUCAUCUGUCUCGAUCUUUCUCAUGGCAACUUGGUGAGUCUUUCUCACUUGUUUUAUCGAGAUUCUGAGAAACAGCAAAAACAAGCAAAAACCUCAGAAAUAAAAAAAAAAAAACAUAAUCCUGUUCAUUCUUGUUGGUAACGUCGAAGACGAACAACGUACAUGUCAAAGUUAUCUUAAAAUAUUUCAUUUAAAAUAAAAAUAAGUAUACAGUUGAUUACAUUUAUACAUGUUAUAAUAAUUAUUUGCGAUUAAUUAUUGAUAAUUGAUUAUCAAAAUGGUUAGCCAAGAAUGCAAAGAUCGUGGUGUCAUUGUCAAAAUUGCUGUUGAAAAUUUUGUAACCUAUAAAAAAGUUGAGAUAAAACCAGGAAGAGGUCUCAAUGUAAUUAUUGGUCCAAAUGGUACUGGUAAAUCAACAGUUCUCACAGCAAUUCUCAUUGGUUUGGGUGGUAAUCCAGCAACUCUUGGUAAAAAAAAUAAAGUAGCUGAUUUUAUAAAAGCUGGUUGUACCAAGGCUUCAAUUGAAAUUGUCUUGAAAGAUACAUUAAACAGAACUGUUAAACUUGGAAGAGUUUUUGACGACAAACAUAGUGUGUUUUAUAAAAAUAAUGAACAAGUAAAUAGUAUUGUAUUCAAGGAAACUGUUGAAAGCUUCAACAUUCAGUUGGACAAUCUUUGUCAAUUUUUGCCUCAAGAUAAAGUUCAAGAUUUUUCCAAGAUGAAUCCUCAAGAACUAUUGAUAAACACUGAAAAAUCAGUUGGUGAUGGUUCACUCAAUACUGAUCAUGAACAGUUGAUAUCAAAACGUCAAAAGCAGCGAAAAAUUGAAGAAGAUCUUCAAAGUACACAAAACGUACUUGAUAAUGAAAGAAAUAGAUUUGAGAAUUUAGCUGUAACUGUUGGUAGUAUCAAAGAACGUAAAGCUCAAAAGAAAAAAGUUACAAUAAUUGAACAAAAAUUAGCAUGGAUGACAUAUAAUGAAUCAAGACUACGUUUAACUGAAGCCAUGAAUAAACAUAAACAAGCAGAAAAAAGAAAAGAUGAGCUUAAAGAACAACUUGUACCUGUUGAUGAAGUAAUACGUAAUCUAACAAAAGAAGUCAAUGAAAUGAAUAAAAAAGUAACUCAUCAUAAUUCAGUAAUGUCAUCAAAUGAUGAUCGUUGUCGUGUACUUCUUCAAGAAAUAAAUAAAAUUAGAGAAGAAAUUAAAAAAACAGAACAAGUUUGUAAUAGAAGACUUGACGAAGAAAAAUCACGUGAUGGUGAUAUUGCACAAGCUAAUUUACAAAAAGGUAAAAUUGAAAAUGAUCUUAAAUCAAUGAUUGAUGAAAUUGGAAGUCUUGAUUCAUUAACUCAAUCAAGUGAAGAAUUAAAAAAUAAAAUGAAUCAACAAAGACGUCUUAUUAAUAAUAAUGAAUCAAAAAUGAAUGGAUUAAAUCAACAAUCAGAUAAUUUAAGACGUGAAAUAACUGCACUUAAAAGAGAACAACAAAGUAUUCAAGAUAUUGAAACAAAAAAAUUAGAACUUCUUAAAGAUCAUAAUAACCAUGCUUAUCAAGGUGUUAUGUGGCUUCGUCAAAAUACAGACAAAUUUAAAUCAACAAUUCAUGAACCAAUGAUGAUGAGUAUUCAGCCACAUCAUGAAAGAUAUGCAAAAUUUUUUGAAACAUGUAUUCCAACACGUGAUUUAUUUGCAUUUGUAUGUGAAGAUGUUGAUGAUAUGAGUCUUUUAUUAAAAUAUUUAAGAGAUCAAAAAAAAUUAACAGUCAAUGUCAUUCAUUCAGAUCCACUUGCACCAGUUCAUAAAGCUCCAAGUAUAUCAAUUGAUAACUUGAGACAAUUUGGUUUUGAAAAUUAUUUAAGUGAACUUGUUGAUGCACCACCUACUAUUAUGAAGUAUUUAAUAAACAUGCAUGCAAUUAAUAAUAUUCCAAUUGGUUCACGUGAAGUUGAUAAAAAUAUUGAUAGAAUCCCUACAGGUUUACGUCGUUAUUUUUCACCAACAAAUUAUCUUAAUAUAAGUUUUUCUGCUUAUUCUGGUAAAAAAUCAACAAGUUAUAAUACUAUUAGUUCAAAUGGUUGUUUAUCAAUAAUUGUUGAUACACAAAAAAUUCAAGUUAUUGAAAAUAAACUUAUGGAAAAAACAGAUCAACUUUUACAAUUAACUAAUGAAAUUAAUAAUUUUCAAAAUACAAUUACAGUUGAAAAAGAAAAUGUUAAUGUUUUACAAAAUGAAAAAAUAGUUUUAACAAGAAAUAUUAAUUCACUUGUAGCUCUUCAUAAACGUCUUGAAAUAACUAAUCAAAGAAUUGAAAAUUUAGAAGAAGAAAGACAAUCAUCAGAAGUUAUUAAAGCUGAAACAACAAAACAAAUUCAGUUAUAUAUCAAUAAACAACUUCAAUAUUUCGAUAGAAUAAAUACAUUUUUCAUUAAUGCUUCAAAAAUGAUAACUGAAAGUGAACAGAUUAAUUUUAAAAUUAAAUUAAAGACAAAAGUUUUAGCAACACGUAAAAAUGAAAGUGAAGAUAUACGAAUAAAAUAUCGUGAAGCAUGUGAUAUUGUUCGUGAUAUGGAUGAACAUAUAAAACCAUAUAAAGAAAAAACAUAUGAACUUCUUAAAAAAGCACAAGAUCUUACAGGUGGUUAUUCACCAAACAACGUGGCUGCUUUUAAAAAAUAUGAAGAUGCAUUUGCAAAAUAUCCAGAUGAGCGAAAUAAGUUGGAAAAAAAAUUAGCUGAUGCAAAAACAAAAGUUCAUUGUACAGAUAAUCAUGAAAAUGCUGAGCAAGUUUUAAAAGAUUAUGAUGCACUUGACAAAAGUAUAAGAGAAUUAACUGAAAAAAUAACAAGAUUACAAAAUCAAUUGACAGUUAAUAGACGUGAAGUUGAUGAAUUAAAAGAAAAAUGGUUAGCACCACUUCAAGUACUUGUUGGUGAAAUAAAUAAAAAUUUCAGUAAACAUUUUAGAGAUAUGAAAUGUGCUGGUGAAGUAUCACUUGAUCAAAGUGAAAAUCCAGAUGAUUUUGAAAAAUAUGGUUUAAAAAUACGUGUUAAAUUUAGAGCAGCUGAUGAUCUUCAUGAUUUUACAAGAAAUCGUCAAAGUGGUGGUGAAAGAGCUGUUACAACUGGUAUAUUUAUGAUUGCAUUACAAGAAUUAUCAACAGUACCAUUUCGUUGUGUUGAUGAAUUGAAUCAAGGUAUGGAUGCAACAAAUGAAAAAAUGGUUUUUGAUCUUAUCACAAGAAUCACAGCAAUACAGGGUAGUUCACAAUACUUUUUAUUAACACCAAAACUUUUGCCAAAUUUAAAAUAUGGAAGACACGUUACUGUUCAUUGUGUUUUUAAUGGACCUUUUGUUUUGCCAACUGAUGAAUUUAGUGUCAGUAAUUUUUGUGAUCAAUUAACAAGAUCUGUUUAAAGUGUUUAAAGUGUUUAACCAACAAAAAAAAAAAAAUGUUUAAUAACUUGAAACAAAAGUUUUUUUUUUUUUUUUUUAUUUUUUUAUUUUUAAUGAUGUUAUUUUUCAUUUAAGUAUUCUAUUUUUAAGACAAAAGAGCUUGCUUUUUUUUUUUCUUUAUGUUUGUGUUGAAAGAAAAAAAAAAAAAAUUCUACAUUUUAAGUUGAGUAUUAAUUAGAUUAUUAAUGAUUUCGUUAUUGAUUUCGAAAUGCGUCACAACGUUCACGAAUUUCUCCAAUGAAAUAUGGAAAAUUUAAUUUGAAUGUUUGAAUUAUUUAAUUCAUCUUUUAUUAUAAUAUUUAGUAUUUGAUUUCAAUAUAUUAGCAGCAACGUUUUUUUUUUAUUUUUUGAUACAGCCAAAAGAGUUACUACUACUUUUGUAAUUGAAAUACUUAUUAAUUUUUUUUUCCUUUUUUCUUUUUUUUUUGUGCCUCAGGCCAUGGAAAACCACGACAUUUCAAUACAUCCAUUAUGUUAUGACAUGUAUAAUAUGCAUUUUCCAUAACUUCAUCAUUGAAUAUGUCCAUGGUAAAUCUUGAUUUUCCA